GUAAUGCUAAGCUGUAGUUAUGUGUUUACUAGAUUUUUUAUACAUAGCUAAUUCUCAGAAGAAUACUAUUACUUCGAUGAUUUAAAAUUUCUGAUUAUUUUUCUUUUGAAUCAUUAUGCGCAUAUAUAUAUUUAUUUUAAAUUAUUCCCAACGGAUUCCAAUGAUUGAAGAAUUUCUUCCUGGGGACACCGUAUGAUCGAGCAUUCAUUAGGAUGCUAUCUCUCCGUAUUUUGACAGUUGACUCGUACCAGUGCUCUCCUGUUAAAGAAUACGAUGUUUGCUAUUCAGAUUUUCGCGGUAGCGAAAUUUAUAAAGUUCCCGUUAUUCGAGUGGUGGGCAAUACUCCUGCAGGUCAGAAAGGAUGCCUACAUAUACAUGGUGUUUUUCCAUACCUUAGUGUUCGCUGUAAAGAUGUCUUUCCUGGUAUUGAUGUUAAGAGCUCCCGUGAAUAUACCCAAAAAUUAGCUUUAGAAAUUGAUAAAGCUCUCAAUGUUGAAGAAAGAAAAACAGCUUCGAAUCCUCACCAUGUAUAUAAUAUAGAAGUUACCCAACGUCUAUGUUUAUACGGUUACCAUGAAGAGAAGGAGGAUUUCCUCAAAAUUUAUUUUUAUAAUCCUAUUGAUGUAAUGAGAACUGCAAAUAACUUAACAAAUUGUAAAGUACUGAACAAAUUUAUACAGCCACAUGAAGCCCACAUUCCUUUUAUUUUGCAGUUUUUCAUUGAUCAUAAUCUAUUUGGUAUGAACUUUAUAAAAACUUCAUCUUUCAAAUUUCGAGCUUCAGGAGAAACAUACAUUGCAGCCACAUCACCCUUAAGGAAUCAAGAUAUUUCAAACAGUGAUGAUAGUGAUAUUGCUAAUAAAGUUUGGGAUGUUACUUCCUUAAGCAGCUCUCAAAUCAAUGGCUUACCAAGAGAGUCUGUCUGUGAGUUAGAAGCUGAUUGCUGCAAAAGUGAUAUUAUAAAUAAAAAGGAAAUCUCAUCUCAACAUGGUAACAAUCCAGGACUUCAGUCUAUUUGGGCUGAAGAAAGGCUAAGAAGACAAACAAAAAAUGAGGCAUCUCAAAUUUCUUUUGAAGAAAGCCAAGAAAGAAGUAGAGUACAAACACAAAAUGAAGUUCUAUAUAAAAGGCUGGAGAAUAUAUUACAUGAAAGAGAGGAAAGCAUUAACUUAAAUAAAACUGAAGAAAUCGAUGAGUCCAAUUUUCCAGAUUCGCAGAGCACUCUUUCAAACAAAUCGCUUUCUGAUUUAUUUGGUCUAAGUAAUACAGAGGAUAACCAACUACUACAAGUAUUUAUGGACCUUGCCAACAGUCAAUCAAACAUGCCUGAUGAAGACAGUAUAUUAGGGACCAAGAAUGAAAUAUCCAAAGAAGAUGAUGAAGCAGAAGAAGCUGAAAUGUCUCAGAGAGAUGACUUCUUUCACAAUCUAUCUUCAUCAUUUGUUUCUUGUGACGAAGUAAGCACAGAUAUGAGAGAUGCAAUUAACGUCCAUCAAUUGGAUGGAACAUAUGAUGAUGAAGAUUCUGCAAGUUUUGUUCCAAAACUGUCAAAAGAAGGUGGUGACAUAACCCCUCGUUGCCAAAGUGACUCAAAUUUUAGUGAUGAGCCCCCAAUAUUAGAGCCAGAAAAUGAUCUCACUGCUUGUGUCACUAAUAAUGAGAAAAGCCUUGAGAGAAAUUCGACAGAUUCAAAUAUCACUGCACCAAGUCAUUUUACUACAUCUCAAGAUGAAAAAGAGAAAACAGUGCUUCCAUCUGAGAACAAGGUUGUUGAGCAAAUUACAUGCAUAGAAGAACCUAAGUUGUCAAAAGUAGAGUCUCCUGAACAAAAACAGAACUUGUUUUUGCCAUGGAAAUCUGUUGAUUGCGGUGCAUUUUUGAAAAAUAGAUCAAAUUUAGAGGAUUGUGCGAUGUCAGAAAAAUGUUCAAAAACUCCUACAGAAAUAACUAGGGCAUUUCAAACUUCCAUUGUUAAACCAUGCUGCGUGUCCCUUAUUAGGAAUAAAUUCCUCGAUCAAUAUGUUCAAUCUAAGUCUUCAGAAAUUUCAUUAGAAAAUCAGAUUACUCUUGAAGCUCACAGUAAGCUUAAAGCAGACCUGAAAGAUUUACCUCCUAUGCCAGAAUUUAAAAGAGAGGAAAAGAAAGAUGGUAAAUAUGAACCAUCAGAUAAUGCUGUGAAAAAUACCAAACCAUCAGUAUCAUGUGAAACUAUUUCUGAGGAUAGUGUUAGUACCAAUUCAUCAGGGCUUAGUAUAGAAACAAAUACUAGAGACUUUGUUCCACUAUUUCCGACUGAUAAGGAAUUGCCACGAAAAGAUGAGUCCAGUGAAAUGUCGACUGUUACCCCAUUUACUGAAUCCAUUUUCAUGCCUCCCAUUCAAAUAAAACAAGAACCUUUAUCUCCUGUAAAUGAUGAAGGUGAUGAUAUAAUUUACAAUCCUUAUGCAGAUACAAAUCUGUUUGACUAUAAAUGUCAAGAAUCAACAAAUUCAUUCUGUGAAUCUUAUAGGCAGUUUGAACCUGAUGUUUUCUCAAAUAGUUUUGGGAAUUCGUUUUUUUCCAAACACAGUUCAAUUGAGAAAUCAUUUUCCAGUCUUUCAAAUAGUACUGAAAGUAGCAAUUUGUUGCCUUUAAUUGACACCUCCAUCGUUAAGGUAGAAGAAGCAGAAUUUAUUUUGCCUGAUUCCAAUCAAAGCUCUUCAACCCACAGUAGCAAAGUGGGUAGUGAAUAUGUUAGGUUAAAAAAAUUAUCUGAUGCCGAUAUUUUAAAUUAUACAUCGAAAUCUUCUGACUGUAAUGACAAAUUUGCUGGAAAAACUACUGCUAAGUCCAGUGUUAAAAGUUCAUCCAAACGUAAGCAUCUGUCAUCUUCCAAACACAGAAGAUCAGAAAAAAGUAAAAAGGAUCAUAUCAAAUGUAUUAAUUCGAAAUAUAUUGAUCCAACAAAAAAGUACCCAGAAAAUUCCUCUGACUUAAACAUUAGCAAAGAGAUCAGUCAAAACAUGGUUUCAAAACCUAAAGAAAUCAAAAAUUUUCAAAAUGAAAUAGCGUCUAUGGUAAAUGCAGCUAUGGACUCAUUUCCUACAAAUGAUGGUUUAGAUAAUAUUUUAAUUAGUAAUGAUAACUCACUAUAUUCUGAUGCAUCUAAUAACAUCCCUCCACAUAGUACUUUGCAAAGUUUUGGAUUAAGCCAUAACUCUGCAAAAAAGCUUAAAAGUUCUAAAUUAAGUAAUUCUAAAACAAACUCCUUUCAACCAGACUUUAUGAAAUCUUCUAUGUGUGAAGUGCCAUUGCCAAUCUUUAAUGGGACACUUAUCAGCCAUAAAAGUGUUCAUGCCAUUGAACCAGUUGAGAACUCUACUACAAAGCAGGAUCGAAUGAACCAGCUUGAAUUCAAACAAAUCCAUCCAUCUGGUGCUAACCUUUCUAAAAAGAGCUCAAAAAAUUCAGGUACUAAGACUAAAGGUGAGAAUCAUGGAAAAACAGAUAAAUUCAGCGAAGAAGAAUCGUUAAAUAAAUCAAAAGCUGAUCAUUUUGAUAAACUUGUAGUAGAAGCUAACUCAUUUUCUAAUGAGCAGAGACUUAAAACGGCAACAUCUUCCAAAAAUUCUAAAGUUUCUCAAAGUUCUCUUAUGAAUUUAGAUAAAGCAAGCUCCUCAAAGCUUUCUAAAAAGGCAGUGGAAGAUUUUAAACGGAAUCCAAAAGAAAAGCUAGAUAAAAACAGGAAGUUUGCAAGUGGCAAAAACAAAAAAGUUGAAAACGACAAAAGCAAAAAAGUAGAAAGUGACAAAAGCAAAAAAGUAGAAAGUGACAAAAGCAAGAAAGUUGAAACCGACAAAAGCAAAAAAGUGGAAAGCGACAAAAGCAAAAAAGUGGAAAGCGACAAAAGCAGGAAAGUUGAAAAAGACAUGUGCAAGAAGGUUGUAGUUGACAAAGUCAAAAAAGUUGAAAGCGACAGAAGCAAAAAAGUUGAAAGUGACAGAAGCAAAAAAGUUGAAAGCGACAGAAGCAAAAAAGUUGAAAGUGAUAAAAGUAAGAAAGUUGAAAGAGAUAAAAGCAAGAAAGAUGAAAGCGUCAAAAGUAAGAAAAUUGAAAGUGACAAAAGCUCUAAAGUUGAAAAUGACAAGAGUAAGAAGGUUGGAAGCGACAAGAGCAAGAAAGGUGAAAGGGAAAAAAGCAAAAAAGUUGGAAGUGAUGUAAGCAAGAAAAGUGAGAGUGACAAAAACCAGAAAAUUGAAAGUGAAAAAAGCAAAAAGAUGGAAAAUGAUAAAAACAAAAAUACCAAAAGCAAAGAAAUUAAAUCUCUUUCUUUGAAGAAGAACAAACAAAAAUUAAAUGAAACUAUGGAAUCUUUAAUCCAGUUAGAUACUUCUGUUUCACCAACAAAUUUUGUAAAAGCAGUCGAAGAUAUUAAAGGAAAUUCUAAAGAAAAUUUGCAGUUAUCUCCCGAUAAAAACAAGGUAGCUGAUAAUGACAAAAGCAAAAGUUCAAAACAAAAAGAAAUUAAAUCCCUUUCUUUGAAAAAGAAUAAGCAAAACUUAAAUAGGAAUACUGCCUCUAAUCCUCCCAAAAAGUUAGUUAAUUAUAGACUGCAAGAUGAUAGCAUGCUAACUGAAGGAAAGCCAAAUUUAAUUGCUGAUCCCAAACAAGAUUCUGUGCAGGCAUUAAAACAAGACCAACUGAAAAACUCAACUAACUCUCUUCUUAAUAAAGGUACUGAAAAUAUACCAGAUAUGUUAAAAACUGCAAGCAUGCUUGGAACAAGUAAUGCGAAAAGUCUUCCACAAAAAGAAGUUGCCUUGCCCGCAAAACUGCCUGUUGUAAAGCUUCAAAAAUUAUCUUACAGUGAAUUAAUUAAAUAUAAAAAUACAACAAAAGAGGAGCUGCCAGAAGCUGUUGACACAUCAUCCUCUCACUGUAGUUUAUCUUUUAAAGUUGAAAAUGAUUGUACUGUAAAAGCAGAAAACAAAACUCACUCUUUUGAAUCAGGGAAAUUAAAGAAGCAUUCAAAAAAAUCCUCUGAAGGAUUGAUUAGUAAAAAUAUUAAGUCUGUCGAAAGGUGUGUAAAAUGCAAGAAAAAAGCAUUUAAAUGUAAGUGCCAAGAUAGCUUUCUAAAUAAGAAAACUAAUGAAUGUAAUUCAGUCACUUAUCUAAAAGAAAAGUGUUCUGAUGAUAUGACGUUUAGAGAUAAAGAACUUGACAAAAGAAAUUUACCUGAAAAUGAUUUAUCUCAUAAAGCACCAAUUUUUUCAAGCCAUAACUCCAAUGAAAAUGCUGAAUUCAGUUUCCGUACAUCAUCAUUUAGAGACACUAAUGAAAAUGAACAACUUUCUGGGGAGAAUUCGUCCAAAUCAGAAACUGCUCAUAACAUUCAAGAUAAUGGUAUUAUUUCACCCAGAGGAAAUAAUUGCCUUAAUGAAGUAACUAAUGAUGGUUCACUAGAAUGUCAAGAAACACAGCUCAUUUUGGAAGGUGAUACAAAGAAUGUAAUUUCUGAUAACUCUAUUGAAAAACACUCUGACAUAGGUUCUGAGAAAUGUGUCUCAGAUUCUUAUGAAUCUAAAGAUACUAAGGAGAAUUCAUCUGAUAGCAGUACAGCAAACAGCAAUGAGAAUCAAAUUUUAAUAAAUAUUGAACCUGAACUUUCAAUAAAUCAAAGUAUGCUGGAAAAAGAAGAAAGUAUUGACUCAAAUAUUAUUAGCCCAGAGGAAAUCAUAUCAGAAAUCUCAAUUGAAUCACCAAUUCAGUCUAUAAAAAAUUAUAUUAAUGUGAAUUCCAAUCAUUCCAAAAACGAUGCACACGGCAUGAAUAAUAUCGAUGCUCCUGACGAGUCAUCUUCUCCAAAUAUUUUGCAAAAGACACCUCAAAGACUUUUUUCGUGCGUUAAGAACACCAGUAAUAAACUUUCUUUAAAACUAAAUAAAAAAGAAAAUUCUGUCACGAAGGCAAAAAAUGUUUUGCAAAGUAGUGCAAAAAAGAAGUGGAUGGUUGACAGACGUUUGUUUGGCGAAAGCAAAUUUGCUGUCAAAAAGAAAUCUAAAGAGCGUGUUUCUGAGAUAGUAUCUGAUUCCUGCCUUCGAAUAAAGCUAGGAAGCCCGGAAAAUGCACAAAUUGAUAAACAAAGCAUAAGCAAAGUCUUAUUAAAAGGAAAGUUAUCGCCAAAUUUUAAAGACUCUUUUAAUGAACCACCAAAUUUAAUUUCUGAAGAGAAAGUAAGUCGUUUAUCAAAGCAUUCAAAAAUUACUAAGUGUGGUAUUUCUGGUAAACAAAAAAAUCGAAUGCAAAAAUUAAAUCUCGGUGUAAAAUCACGUCGUCGAAAAGUUAAAGGCCAUUUGAAAGAUGAAACAUUUAAAACUAAGAGCAAAACAAAGCAAAUUGAUGUCACUCCAAAAAUUGAGCCUGUAUUUAUUACUAGACAUCCUCGUAAAUGUAAAGAAAAACUUGUUAAUGAUUCAAAAAAUCAAUGUAAUAACUCUCUUAAUUCAAAUAAAUCCUCAGAUCCAUAUAGUUCAGACGAUUCUGUUACAAUCAUUGACACCGUAAAGCCUGUAAAAAGUCCUCAUAAACACUCACAUAAGGAUAAAGGCAAACAUUUAAAAACUGAUUCUAAAAGGAAACAUUCUUCUAACCAUUUGUCACCGACUAAAAUUCCCUCUGAAGAUUUUAAUGAAGGAACUGCUGUGUCGCCUAGUAUUGGCAUUCCUAAAAUGAAAAUUUCGCUGAAAUGGUUAACUACACGUAAUAACGAGACAAGAGUUGUAGUCGUAAAUAAAGAGCUAAAAGGAUUAGAAGAUGGAAAUAAAAGUGAUAGUGACAGUGUUCAAGAAAUAUUUCGAUAUGAACCAGAACCACCAAAGACAAAAACCUUCAAAAGGAGAAGACUAUCAUCCAGUCACAAGAAAGACCAUCGUGCUGAAAAAUAUCUUCAACCAUCAAGCGAAAUAAAUGCUGCUUUUCAUGAUGAAUCUAAAAAGAUCGCACCUUUAAAAAUCAAUUUAGCAUCAUCUCGUGUGACUUGUGAAGAGGUGGAAAAAAUCAAAACAUUAACUUUGACACGAAAUCCAAACUCUAUUUCAAUUGGUGAAUAUACUAUUAAAAAAGAAAUCCUUAGUGAUGAAGAAACUCCUCAAAAUGAAAAUGACUUUGUUUUUCAACAAUCAGUCCAACCUAUUAAACGUGGCCGAGGAAGACCAAGGAAGGUACCUUCGUUGAAUAGUCCUGUGAUUGUUCAAAAAACUGCCUCCCCUCAGAAAGAUGUUUCACCUUUAAAAUUUCAGAGUUCAUUUUGUAUUGAUAAUUCAUCUCCCAACUCAAAAAUUCGUAUUUUGAAAAAGCCUGCUGCUGAAUGUGCAACCAAAAUUGACAACUCACUGCAUCCAGUUCCACAUGACUAUAAUAUUUCUACUUUUACACCUCAAAUUAUUGGUGGAGUUGUCAUCAAGCAAGAGGUAGAUUCGGAUGGUUAUGUUCAAGAAAUUAAAAUCCCUAAAAAACGUGGUCGUAAACCAGGCAAAGUUCAUAAACAAGAAUCUGCCUCAAGAACAUCAUUUGAAGUUAACAAUGAUAUGUACCCUGAUACAGAAACAUUAUCAAGUCCGAUCUUCAAACCAGCUAAUAGGGUAAUAACCAGAAGAGAGAGUUUACGACCCCGCCAUGAUGUAAAAUACUUCCCAACAGAUCAAAAUUCUGAUGAAGAAAAGGAAGAUCUUCAAAAAUCGCCAAGGAAAAGAUCACGUAAGAAUUCAGCUCCAGGAAAAAUAAGCUCAGAUUCAACUAAGGAUGCCAACUUCACUACUAAUUACAGGAGAUUGCAAGUUCAAAAUCUUUUGGAGAGUUGCAACUCUUUCUCCAUCAACUUGAAAAAGCUUUCUUCCACGGACAUUUCUAAUUUAACUACCUACAGAAAAGAAACUAAACCACAAAAUAUGACUUGCCAUAUUAAUAAAAUGCCCUCAAAUGACUCAGAUGUAGAAAUAAUAUCGGAGACUGUUGAUGAAAUCAAUAAAGUCAGUAGUUACAAAUAUUCAUCUGAACAUUUGUCGAAAAAAAUAAAUAUUCCUCAAUCAAAUGUGUCACCCCCAUUUGACAAUUUCUUACAGUAUGGAAAUACAUCUAACAUUCAACCUCUGUCCUCAAAUUUGUCUAGUAUACAAAAUAUGAAUAAUUAUUUUGAGCCUUUGGAACAGUCACCUAAAAUGAGGCCUUACAAUGGUUCUUCAACAAGUUUAGCUUAUGACCAAUCUCAACAGGAUGACUUAUUGCCCCCUUGGGAUAUGCAGCAAACUUACAGUGAUGAUCCUGUUAAGCAAGAAAUGUCUAGUCCAGUUGAUUCAAAUCCUGAUGUUUUGAAUUCAGCUUAUUUCUCUCCAUGUAAUUACAACAUACCGGAAUCAACUUUGGAGCAAGAGAAUGCUUGUAACUUUUCUCAAUCUCAACCUAACUUUGCUGAACAAAAUUAUAAUUAUGGUACCAGUGACAGGAAUUAUAGUUAUCUUCCGGAUUGUAUGAAUGAUAUGCCUAAGGCAUAUAAUGAUCUGAACAAUCAGACCUCUAUGGAAAAGUCAUUUACUUCUCAUCCUUCUAUCCCUAACAUCAACAACCCCAUUCUGAAUGAUAUUGAUCAAUUUAAUUUGUCUUGCAGUCCUACCUCUAAUCAUCCAUCUGCUUGUGAGGCAACCAAUGUAAAUAUGUUACAAAAGCCUAUAAAUUCUUUUGAAAGCAAUAAGAAAACUAUUCCUCAUUAUCCGUUGGAUCCGGGAUUCACCUCACAAAAUGUGCACAGCAAUAUUCCUGAAUAUAUGAGGAAAGGAUCACCCUCGUAUGAUCAUGUAAUGAAUAAUAUGAAUGAUCUUACUUCUAACAUAAGUUUUCAUAAUAGGCGUGAGGAGUCGAUAAAGGUAACAUCUGAUCAGCAACCAUUUACAAAUAAAGAUUGCAGAUUGAACUCUUCUCCACACAUAAGGCAUUUAUCAAAUCAUAUGCCUUUAGAAACCAGACCAUCUGACAAUAAUGAACUGUUUACAGCAAAUAAAAAUAAUGUAGGUAGUGUAUUAGAUUCAUCCCAUGAUGACUCCUCUUUUGAUAUAACAUCAGAUAAGAUGGACAUUUCUCCUGCUAGUGAUGCAUUUCUCAUGGAUGGUCAUGCAUUCUCAGAUAACCAGUCUUCACCUAAUGAAAACAAACUUACUGAUAGCCUACAAAUUCCACCUCGAAGCAAUGAAGGUAGUAUGAAUUUUUUCAACAGGAAUACUAUAAAAAACAAAGCUCAUCAAUUCGCUCAACCAAUUGUACCCAAUUUUGAAAACAAAAGCUCUCAUUUUGAAGUAAGAACUUUUGAUUUAUCAGAAGGUAUGAUUGAAAGCGAUUCAGAAUUGCAUCCAUUAGGCUCAAUCGGCCUGAAUCCUAUCGAAGAAUUCAAGAAUAACAUGACUCAAAAUUUGAGUAAUAGUAACAUAAUUACUAAUUGUAGUAGUUUUGGAGCUAAUAAUAUGAACUUUAUCCCUACUUUGCCUGUAAAACCCCUAGUUCCUACUUAUUAUCCGGAAGUCACAACAAAAACUUCACAACCACUUUAUCCACCUGCCAAUGAUGCUCUAAGUGCAGGUGAUUUUAUCGCUCGUCCGGAAACUGUAUCAGACGCAAAUGCUAUCAUCAACCCAAGUAAUGCAACUAGCCUUUUUGAGAUUCCAUAUAACUGUAACAUGAUUUCUGUUUGUGAUCCUUUAAGUGAAUAUUAUACAACUCAUUCUUCAGCAAAUCGUCCUAGCAUAAAUUUUGUGCCGACUGUGAUGGUUGCUGAACCAGCUACUCACCAGGUCAAUCUUCUUUAUAACACUGCCCCUAUCAUUGUUACUGGAAGCUCAGUAAAUGAAGAAACCUAUUCUCAAAGGAAUGAACUUGUUCAAAGCUGUUCUGUAAGUAGCACAUCUGAUACUGAUACUCCAAGUAAUGCUCAAUCCAUCAUACAACCUAAUGAGAAACUUGAUAUAUUAAGUGUGGCUGUGAAGGAAUGCAAUAUUGGGGAGGAAUAUGAUCCUGAUAAUGAACUGAUGGAAGAGGAUAAAACUGUUUAUUCUGAACCCGAUUUACAGGUUGGUCGGAAAGAUCAAUUUUACUUCAAAACAAACACACCAAACUGUAACUCUCCUGAUACUCUUUGUACAAAUCUUGAAACCACACCAAAAAAUAGUCCCUAUUCCCGUGAUAUGCAGAAGGAUUUUUUAGGGAGAACUCAACAUAAUUUUUCCCCUCAACUCAAUGAAACCAACACUAUAGAAAUAGAUCGGAAACACCCAAAUGAUUUUGGGGUGAUGGAAACUGCUGUUCCAUCACCCCAGAAAAAACAUAAACAUACCUUAGGCCUUGUCAGCAGCGUGCCGAAAAGUGUGUUAUGUGGUGAUAAACAAAAUCCCUCCCCUACUGAUGAAAUGGAAGUGCCAUUAAGUUUCUCAUCUAGUCAAAUUCCAUCCCCAGAACUUUUUAAUGAAGUAGAGCUACAUUCUAAGUUUGAUGGCAGUGAAAAUAAUUCUGAUGUCACCCACAACCCUUGUUUUCACUCUGAUGAACAGCAGCAUAAAAAUAGAGUUUUGAACAAUGAUUCCCAUAAAAACUGUGACAAAGUUAUUUGUACAUCUUCAACAAAGCACUCUCUGAAUCAAGAUAAAAUCCCUUCAAAAAACUCAAAACCUUUUUUAGGCAAGCAGUUAGCUAGUUUAGACAUAAAUCAAUUAAAAACUCAAAAUUUACUUACAUCUACACUUUUAAAGCAAAUUGAAAAACGUGUGUGUGAAGAAGAUAUUCUGAAGAUAAUCCAAAAAACUGGCUCUCCAGAAUUGUCUGAAAAUAUUGAAAAUUUAGUUUCAUUAAAACUUAGAAAAGCUUUUGAAAAUUCUGAUCUGAUUUUAAAAGAUAAGUUGAAGAGUGUUUUUGUGAAUAAUAAAAAUAUCUGCUUUCCUCUUUUUUCUCUAAAAAAUAAUCCUAAAUCUCCUUGCCCAUCUCCUGAUAGUCAGAAUGUUUUAAAAAAUGAUGAUGAGUCUAGUUCUUUCACUUAUAAUGACACUAUUCAGAGUUUUUAUGGUGAUGAAACAUUGUGUGAAUUAAAUUCAACUUUGACUUUUAACAGUAAUACACAAGUAGACAAUGAUGUGCACGAUAUUGAAGAAGUUACAAAUAAUAAUAAAAUGGAUGAUUUGAAAAAAAAUGAAAAAGACUUCAAUUCAACGUCCAUAAGCCCUAGCAUUUUACAACCAUCAGAGAAUCUCAAAGAACGAGGACUGAAUGAAUCCACUUUUGAUAAAUUCAUGUAUGUGUUUCCUAAAAAACCACCGAGACCCUCUGAAGUAAAAGAUUGGGCUACCAGUAGUGGUCAAAAUGAACGUAAAUUCAAAGAAGCCAUUAAUUUAGAAUCUCACGAUGAAGAGUCCAACUUUUCAGAGGAUUCUGUCACCGACGAUAUGAUGUAUCAACAUUCUAAUUUAAGCUCUGCAUCUAGUACAGAUAUCAAUGAAGAUUCUGUUGUAGCAGCGUCUUCAGAAAUGGAAGUAAAACGAGGCAGUGAUCUUCCUGACCAAGAAAUAUCAUCAGUUUCUAUCUUGAAACAACAUUCUACAAAUAAUUUAGAAUCCACGCCCUGUGUUAGCAGAAUGAAAAGAAGAACUUUGAUUCCUAAAGAAAUUGGCGUAUCUCCUAUUAACAAAAAUAGUUUGUUGACAAGAGAUGCAGAUAGGAAAAAAUGUUUAUUUCCUGAUGAAAUCCUUCCUAAUGAGAGACAUCAGAAAUUGAGCAAAACUGAACAUGAAACUUGGGAUAGAAAGCUCCGAAAUGAAAUGGACUUUCACCAUAAUGUAACAUCAUCCCAAAUUGAUGGACCAACACUUGACAAUUCUAAAGGUUUUAAAGUGAACAGUAUUAAUAUUGAAGAUGUAAAAGAAAAUCAUGAAGUUCAACUUCUGACAUUAAUGAGCUUAGAAAUUCACGUGAAUACAAGGCACGGUUACAUGCCUGAUCCUAGAUUCGACUCCAUUUCUGCAGUUUUUUAUUAUAUUUACUACGAUGCUGGUAUACAUGAGAAAAAGAUCCUUGGUGUAAUUCAUGUGGAUUCCCUGCAAAGUGAUUCAUCAGAGAGGGCAAUGUCUGAUUUAAAAAAUGUUCUGCAGUCUGAGAGAAAAGUACAUGAUUGUCAGUUUUUUUCUGUUCCUACUGAAAUGAUGCUUUUUGAAAAGUUGAUUAGCAUCAUCAGGGAAUGGGAUCCAGAUAUUUUAAUAGGUUAUGAAAUUCAAAUGACCUCUUGGGGUUAUCUGAAGAACAGAGCAGCAACUUUGAAUGUUAAUUUAAUUUCUUUACUGUCUCGCCUCUCUGCCAAGAAAGCAACCAAAGGAUCGAGCAUUGAAAUUGAUCCCACCGUAACCGAUCAGACUGCUGAUCUUGAUAGCCUAAUUAUACCUGGUAGAAUAGUGUUGAACGUGUGGCGUAUUAUGAGAAAGGAAAUUAAUUUAAAUACCUAUUCUUUUGAAAAUGUUUAUUUCCACGCCUUGCAUAGACGUACACCAAGGUAUACAUUUGACGACUUAACGUGUUGGUACCGAGGUAUGAAAAAGAGUUUUGUAGCCCGCUAUUAUGUAACGAGAGUCAUUGGCACGAUUCAGCUUUUGGAAAAGUUUGAUGUAGUGCGACGGACAAGUGAAUUGGCUCGUCUGUUUGGAAUUCAGUUUUAUGAUGUUCUUAGUCGGGGAUCUCAAUUCAGAGUUGAAUCUAUGAUGCUACGAACUGCCGGCCCUCUUCUUUAUGUUCCAGUGUCUCCUUCGUCAGUGCAACGCGCACAUUCUCGAGCUCUGGAGUGUGUGCCAUUAAUAUUAGAACCAGAAUCAAAUUUUUAUACUGAUCCUGUUGUGGUAUUAGAUUUUCAAUCUCUUUACCCCUCUAUGAUCAUUGCAUAUAACUACUGCUUUUCAACGUGCCUUGGUAGAUUGGAGCAUUUUGGUAAAAAUGUGCCUUUUGACUUUGGGUGCACCUCUUUAACUGUUCCACUUCCUAUGCUGCGCAAAUUAUGGAAAGAAAACAAUAUUCAUGUUUCUCCGACUGGCAUUGCUUUUGUUAAAGCUAAUGUGCGUAGAGGUGUUCUUCCGGUUAUGCUGGAAGAAAUCUUAAACACCCGAAUAAUGGUGAAACGCUCUCUAAAGAAGAAUAAGGAUAAUAUUUUUUUGAAAAAGCUUCUUGAUGCCAGACAACUUGGUUUAAAGCUAAUAGCAAAUGUAACAUAUGGUUAUACAGGAGCUAGUUUCUCAGGUAGAAUGCCUUGUGUUGAAGUAGCUGACAGUAUUGUUGGCAAAGGGAGGGAAACUCUUGAAAAUGCUAUUCAUAUUAUAGAAAACACUCCAAAAUGGGAAGCCAAGGUUGUUUAUGGUGAUACAGAUAGUCUUUUUAUCUUGCUGAAAGGAAGAAGUAAAGAUGAGGCAUUCAAGAUUGGCCAAGAGAUUGCAGACGUUGUAACUUUGACUAACCCUAAGCCAGUGAAAUUAAAGUUUGAAAAGGUUUAUUUACCCUGUGUUCUACAAACUAAAAAACGAUAUGUAGGAUAUAUGUAUGAAACUAUUGAUCAAAAAGUUCCUACUUAUGAUGCAAAAGGCAUUGAAACUGUACGGAGAGAUACUUGUCCUGCUACUGCCAAGAUUCUACAGAGAUCAUUAAAAAUUUUGUUUGAGACAUACAAUGUAUCAAUGGUUGAGAAGUAUGUUCAGAAACAAUUUUCCAGAAUUUUAAAAGAGCGUGUCAAUCUUUCUGAUUUUAUAUUUGCUAAAGAGUAUCGAGGAAUGAAUGGAUAUAGGCCUGGUGCUUGUGUUCCAGCAUUGGAAAUUGCCAAAAAAAGAUUAUCUAAAGACCCUCGAUCAGAGCCUAGAGUCGGAGAAAGAGUGCCCUAUGUGAUAGUGUAUGGUUUCCCUGGUAUGCCUAUCAUAAGAUUAGUCCGUGAACCAAUUGAACUUGUUAAGGAUAACAACCUACGUCUCAAUGCUACAUAUUAUAUUACACGUGUUAUCAUCCCACCUCUUGAAAGAGUAUUUAGUCUUAUAAAAGCUGAUGUGAAAGCAUGGUACACCAGCAUUGCUCACAAAAUCACUUUCAGUUUGCCCAUGGCUAGCGGACUCAAUCAAAACAAAGGUACACUCACUCAGUAUUUCAAAACUCAAAACUGCCCUUGUUGUUCUAAAACUACAACUUUGCCCAUUUGUGAAUACUGCCAAAAAGACCCACAAUGGACUGUAAUAACUUUGACUGAAAAAAUUAGAAAAUGGGAAAAGGCUGUGAUUCAAAUAAAUCAAAUCUGUGCCAGCUGUACCAAAUCCUUAUCCAGUGAUUGUGGUUGCAUUUCUGUUGAUUGUCCUGUUUUAUUUAAAUUGAAUUUGUCGAAAAGAGAUUUAUCUCAGGCACCUUACUUAAGAGGUUUAAUAAAUCAAGAACUAUUUUGAUGUGCAAUGGAUAAAUAAUUUUUAAAAAAAAUUGAAUAUCUGGUUAUAUUCAUUUCAUUGUAAAUUAGCAUAAGUGUAUUUUCACCAGUGUGUUUCAUAAUUCAUGUGUAAAUUUUUAUCAUUAUUUGUACAUAAUGGAUUCAGCUUAAAAGUGUACAGUCAUUUUUUAAAGAAAAAAUAUAUAUGUUAGAAAAUGUUUAUUUUUGAAAUGAAUUAUUUUGUCGAGUCCAUUUAAAACUUUAGAUCGAGAAUGGUGAUUUUAAACAAGUAACAGAGAUUUUAUGGGAGAUUUUUAAAGCAUUAUAUCAACACCAUCAUUAACUAAAUGAUGUUUGUUAUCUUCAGCAAAUGAUGUAUUGAUUUUAUUUUUUCUUUUGAAUUGUAUAUUUAUUAUUUUGUUAUCAUCUAAAAAUCAAUGAAGUAUGUUUUAUUUAUUUGUUAUCAAAAAUUAUACAUUUAUUUCAACAAAAAUAUAUUGUUUUUUUAUGGACUUGUGCAAGAAUUUUAAUUAAAAAUACAGUUCAUUGUGCUCAUAUAUUCAUCUUUUCAGCUGCAGCUUUUACUUAUAUGAAUCUCAAUAUUCAUAAAUACUUACUAGGGAAUCAUUAAUUUAACUUUUAUCAAAUUAAUUAGCUAGUUGUGUGCUAUGUACUAUUUUAAUUUUUUUUUGUGAUGAGUAGAAUUGAUUUUGUAAAAUCUUUGUUGAAAAUUACUAUAAUUUUGAUGGUGUUGAUUAUCUAUACGUACUGAAUUUGUAUCAAUUAAAAUUGUUUUAAAACAUA